AAUGCAAAAUCACAAUUUAAAACACUAUAAUCUCUCUCGCUCUCUGUAAAACUCUCUCGUUUUCAAUUUCAGCUUUUCAGCUUUCGAUCAUCAAUGGCACCAAAGGGAGAGAAGAAGCCCGCUGAGAAGAAGCCAGCAGAAAAAGCUCCCGCAGAGAAAACCAAAGCGGAGAAGAAGAUCCCAAAGGAAGCUUCCUCUGCCGACAAGAAGAAAAAGAGAAACAAGAAGAGCGUAGAAACCUACAAGAUCUACAUCUUCAAGGUUCUCAAGCAGGUUCAUCCUGACAUUGGAAUCUCCAGCAAGGCUAUGGGGAUCAUGAACAGUUUCAUCAAUGACAUCUUUGAGAAGCUCGCUCAGGAAUCAUCCAGACUCGCUCGCUACAACAAGAAACCUACCAUCACCUCUCGUGAGAUUCAGACUGCUGUUCGUCUCGUUCUUCCCGGCGAACUUGCCAAGCACGCUGUCUCCGAGGGAACCAAAGCAGUCACUAAAUUUACAAGCUCUUGAAUUUAUACAUUUCUCCAAUUAAUAUAAUUUAGGGAACCCAAUCGUUUUGAUGUCACAUAGAAUCAACUCUAUAAUGAAAUUUUAUUUUGCUCUAAACACCUUGCAAUAUUUUUUAGGUUUUUUAUUGUUUAUGCUUUUAUUUUAAUUUCAAUUGAUUCAAACUGUUACCGACAACUCAGAACUGCUUCAACAUUUGAUUCUGAAUAUUUUGAGUUUCUCGACAAAUUAAGAUGCUAGUUUAUGUAUGCUUACAAUUGCGUUUCAUUCAAUACUCAA